UAUCCGUCUGCUUAGAAUGGUUAUCAGACCUUCAAAUGACCUUUUAUUCGUGUCCUCUCCUCUGUUAAUAAUUUUGACAGUUCUAUUCUGUACCAGUUGGGGAGUGCUAUAGUUUCAAUUAGAAUCUUCAAAUAAAAAUCCACAAUGUCUACCUACUUCCAGUACCCCACCCCCGAACUCCAGGAGGAGCUCAAGAAGAUCGCUCAGGCGAUCGUUGCUCCUGGAAAGGGUAUUUUGGCAGCUGAUGAGUCCACUGGUACCAUGGGCAAGCGUCUUCAAGACAUCGGCGUUGAGAACACUGAAGAAAACCGUCGCAAGUACCGUCAACUCCUCUUCAGCUCGGAUCCGGCUGUCUCUGAAAACAUCUCUGGUGUUAUCCUCUUCCACGAGACCCUUUACCAGAAGGCCGACGAUGGAACUCCCUUGGUGUCCUUGUUGGAGAAGCGCGGAAUCAUCCCUGGUAUCAAGGUCGACAAAGGUGUCGUACCACUCUUCGGCUCUGAAGACGAGUGCACUACCCAGGGUUUGGAUGAUUUAGCUCAACGUUGCGCUCAAUACAAAAAAGAUGGCUGCCACUUCGCAAAAUGGCGUUGUGUGCUCAAGAUUGGCCGCAACACACCCUCGUACCAGGCAAUUCUUGAAAACGCGAACGUUCUCGCUCGUUACGCUUCCAUCUGCCAGAGCCAACGCAUCGUACCCAUUGUUGAGCCCGAAGUACUACCCGAUGGUGAGCACGACUUGGACCGUGCACAGAAGGUGACUGAGACCGUAUUGGCUGCCGUGUACAAGGCACUUAAUGAUCACCAUGUCUACCUCGAGGGUACUCUCCUCAAACCCAACAUGGUAACUGCCGGGCAGUCCUGCAAGAAGACCUACACAGCAACUGACAUUGGUCGCGCUACUGUCACCGCUCUGCUCAGAACCGUACCUGCUGCUGUUCCCGGAAUCACAUUCCUCUCCGGCGGUCAAUCCGAGGAGGAGGCGUCGGUUAACCUGAACGCCAUCAAUACCGUCGAGCUGAAGAGGCCGUGGGCCCUGACCUUCAGUUACGGUCGCGCCUUACAGGCCUCCGUGCUCCGUGCUUGGGGAGGCAAGCAGGAGAAUGUGCUUGCUGGACAGCAGGAACUUAUUAAGCGUGCUAAGGCCAACGGUCUUGCCUGCCAAGGUAAAUAUGUAGCUGGGUCAAUUCCAUCUCUCGCUGCUUCCAAGUCAAACUUUGCCAACGGUCAAGCGUCCCAGGGCAAAUACGUCGCUGGAUCUGUAACAGGUGUGGGCGCUGAAGCCGGUCUUUUCGUUGCUAACCACGCAUACUAAACACAACAUCUACACAACACACAGACCAACAAAAACGUUCUUAUAUUACAACAGUUACUUGAACAAAACUACAAGAAUAAAUGAUUAUUCCUUAUUUCUUAAGCACAAUAAAAACCUAGUACUAAUUUAAAAUGUCGAUUCAUACGUAAAACAGGUUUUUUUUUUAAUUAAUUA